AUGAAGGACACGGGAAGGAACAUGGUUGAGAGGACCAGUAAAUUUCUGUUGAUCAUCGUCGGAUCAGUCUUCUUCAUGCUGAUUUUGUACCAGUACGUGGCUCCCGGAGUGAUCAACUUCGGGUCUCCACACGGGUACCUCGGCGAGGAGGACAUGACAAUCUUCCCCACUCCGGAUCCCCAUUAUGUGAAAAAGUACUAUUUCCCCAUAAAAGACUUGGAACGCACAGUGGAUUUCGAGAUAAAAGGGGAGGAUGUAAUUGUAUUUCUUCAUAUUCAGAAGACUGGUGGGACCACUUUUGGUAGGCAUUUGGUUCAAAAUGUAAGGCUCGAAGUCCCAUGUGAUUGUAGACCCGGCCAGAAGAAGUGUACUUGCUACCGCCCAAACAGAAAAGAAACCUGGCUGUUCUCAAGGUUCUCUACCGGCUGGAGUUGUGGCUUACAUGCGGACUGGACCGAACUCACCAACUGCGUUCCAGGGGUUCUCAAUAAAAAGGAAAACAAAUUAAAGAAAAAGAGGAAAUUUUACUACAUCACGCUGCUGAGAGACCCGGUGUCCCGUUACUUGAGCGAGUGGAGACACGUCCAGCGCGGUGCAACAUGGAAGACGUCGCUCCACAUGUGCGACGGGCGUACGCCCACCCCGGAGGAGUUACCGUCCUGCUACGAAGGCAGCGACUGGUCGGGCUGCACUCUGCAGCAGUUCAUGGAAUGCCCUUAUAACCUGGCCAAUAACAGACAGGUACGCAUGUUGGCUGACCUCAGCCUGGUGGGUUGCUACAACCUCUCCACUUUGCCGGAGAAACGCCGGUCGCAGCUCCUGCUGGAGUCGGCCAAGAAGAACCUGCGCGACAUGGCGUUCUUCGGCCUGACGGAGUUCCAGCGCAAGACGCAGUAUCUGUUCGAGCGCACUUUCCGACUUCGUUUCAUCAGGCCGUUCAUGCAGUACAACAGCACGCGGGCAGCCGGCGUGGACCUGGACAACGACACCAUCCAACGCAUCGAGGAGCUCAACGAUCUCGACAUGCAGCUUUACGAUUACGCGAAAGACCUGUUCCAGCAGCGAUACCAGUACACACACAUGCUGGACCGCCGUGAACAGAGGCUCCUGCUCAGGGCCAGUGGUCACUUCCACAGCCCACUCAGAGAGGAGGGAGCUGGGGGAGAGGGCACCGCCCGCCUGCCCACUGAGGACUAUAUAAACCAUAUUAUUAAUGGCUGGUAGCCCCUACCAUGACUCCAGAGAGAGAGAGAGAAAGAGAGAGAGAGACAGACAGAGAAUGAAACAGACUUGU